AUGGGAGACACGGACACAUUUACCAUCACGACAACGUUUAAUGGCAACAGAUAUCUUUUCAGAGUGUCUUUUGCUUCUGCAGACGAUUUUGUAGACAAGGCUUAUUUCUUUUUAUUCAUUUACGUGCCUUUUUUUUCAGACAUUCUUUCUUAUUUUUAUUGUUUUUCAUUCGUCUUCCCGUCAUAUUAUAUAUUUUUCUGUCUUUCGUUUACUGUUUUUCCAGUCACCCUCCCUUCAUAUUACAGUACUUUCUUUCUUUCUUUCUUUUUUACUGUUUUUAUUCACUCUCUCUUCAUAUCAAUGUGUUUUUUUCUUUCUUUCUGUCUUUUAAUUCUUUUUUCAUUCACCCUCACUUCUCAGCAAUAUGCUUUUCUUUCUUUCUUUCUUUCUUUCUUUCUUUCUUUCUUUCUUUUAGUGUUUUUUCAGCACCCUUCCUUCAUCAAUGUGCUUUACUGUCUUUCUUUCUUUAACAGUUUUUCAUCACCCUCCCUUCACAUCACUAUCCUUUUCUUUCUUUUUCCUUUCCCUUUUUUUUUCAUUCGCUCUCCUUUCACAUCACUGUGCUUUACUUUUUCUCUUCUUUUUCUUUCUUUUCCUCUUUCUUUCUUUCUUUCUUUCUUUCUUUCUUUCUUUCUUUCUUUCUUUCUCAUUGUGCGUUCCUCCCUAAAAGUCUUCCUAUCUUUCUUUUCAUAUUUUGUCAUCGUUUCAUUUCUUCUCCCUUCAUUUAACAUAUUUUCGUUUCAUUCGUUCUGCUUUCAUUUUUCUUUUCUUUCCUUUUCUUUAAUAUGCCAUUUCUACAUUUUCUCAUUUUAA